UACAGUGUCGGUUGUGUGCCUUUUGGCGGCGCUUGCUGCUAGCAGUUAUGGAUACUCUGUGGACCCCAGUUUUGGAGGGAAAUCAGUGUUUUCUCCCGGGUUUGAGGAAAAGCUGAACUUCCCACCUCCGGGUUACUCCCCGAACAAAGUGCCCGGUGCUCCCGCCCCAGACCACAAGCCCAUCUUCGAGGGUAUGCCCGCCCCCGUGGCCGCCUACCCGUCCAAGUUCGGCGCCGUCCCCACUGGAUACCCCGCCAAGACCAACAACCUGGUCGAGAGGUUCCGCUGGAGGUUUGUGGACUAUGAGUUCCCGUCUGAGGAGGCUAGGUACGCCGCUAUUGCCCAAGGUGCCUACAUCCCAGAGAACAACCUGCCCGUGGGCAUUGAACUGUGGCAAGACAAGAUGUUCAUCUCCGUCCCCCGUUGGGCUGGAGGUGUACCUUCAACCCUGAACUAUCUCCCAGUGGACGCCGCCCCCGUGGACGAACCUCGCCUCAUCCCCUACCCUGACUUGGCCGGCAACGCUAUAGAAGACUGCGACGCCCUCACCACUGUCUACCGUAUCAGGGUCGACGAAUGUGACAGACUUUGGGUCUUGGACUCUGGAACCGUUGGAAUCGGUAACACGACUCAACAGGUUUGCCCGUACGCGUAUCACGUGUUCGAUCUCCGCACCAACCAAAAGAUCCGCAAAUACCAGCUGAAGGAUGACGACAUCAACGCCAACACCUUCAUCGCUAACAUCGCCGUAGACGUGGGCAAGACCUGUGACGACACUUUCGUCUACGCCUCAGACGAGCUGGGCUACGGUCUAAUCGUCUACGACUUUGCCAAGGACGAUUCCUACAGGUUCGAGCACGGCUUCUUCUUCCCCGACCCUCUGGCGGGAGACUUCAACAUCGGUGGAAUCAACUUCCAGUGGAGCGCUGAGGGUAUCUUCGGCAUGGCUCUGUCAGCUCCUCAACCCAGCGGGUUCAAGACCCUCUUCUUCCACUCUCUAGCUAGCAACCGCGAGUUCUUCGUGUCUACUGAAGUUUUGAAGAACAAGGAGAAGAAGGAUGAGAGCUACCACGACUUUUCCGUCCUUCCUUCCAGAGGACCUGGUGGUCACGUGACCUCCCAGGUGAUAGAUGAGAAUGGCAUCAUGUUCUUCAACUUGAUCGACCAGAACGCUAUUGGUUGCUGGGACACCAGGAAGCCGUACAGCAAGGAGAAUCUGGCUGUAGUUGCCAAGGACGAUGAAGGACUCAUCUUCCCCAGUGACGUCAGAGUAGACAGGACCGGUACCUUGUGGGCGAUCUCUGACAGGAUGCCAGUACAUCUCGAGGCUUCCCUGGACUUCAGGGAUAUCAACUUCAGAGUUUUCUUCGCUCCUGCCCAAGCUCUCAUUGCCGGAACUGUCUGCGACCCUGCCAAAGUCAAAACAAACCCUCAAUAUCUUUACUAAGACUGUGAUGUAAAAUAUUACAAUUUAGACAUAUCCUAGCCAUAUAACAGUUUAAACCAUCUUUUAGGAGAGAACAUUUUGACUUCUAUGGUAAUUUUUUAAAGAACUUGUUCCUUUUCCAUCACAUUUAAAAUAGUUCAAGUUGUUAUCAGUCAUAUUCAUUCAUAUUAUCAUAUCAUAUCAUUAAAAUCAUGAUAUUUGCUACGAUAGCUUGUACAAUGACGGUGUGACUCGAGUGGAUUCCUGAUGGAAUUCCCUGCAGAGUUUACUUUUCAGGGGAAAAUAUAAGUGCGUACUUGUUUUUUCAUUGAUACUUUUGUUUAAUUCAUUGAUCAAGGCGAAGUACUUAACUAUCAGGGUCGUAAAUUUCCUAAAAGGAAAUCUUGUAUUUACACAGUUCGAUUAGUUUACAGGUAUAAUUGCAAUUAGCGUUAAUUAUUUCUGUCAAAUCAAACAAGCUUUGGUAGCAAUCAUGAUUUGCCCUUCGGUGAAUUAGGGAUAAUGGUUUUAAUGGAGGAAUGUAAACUAACAAAGGGUCAAGUUGCCGUCAACAAGAUACCAAAGUUACGGUGCUAUGUAUAAAUGUACAUAAUAAAUACAUUUUUUAUACUUAAA